AUGUCUUUUUCUAACUUGCCGUUCGCCGACCCUUUGUGGCUGAACCGGCAACACAGUCCGUACUACAAAGAAUCGCAUCGCAAGCUGCAAAAAGAAAUUCGCGAGUAUGUGGAUGAGUAUAUCGCACCAUUUUGUGGAGAAUGGGAGAAAGAAGGACUCAUUCCGCCCGAGGUUCAAAGGCGCCACGCAGAGCUAGGAUAUACAGCCGUCGCGUCAUUCCCACUGGCAGCAAAUUAUUUGGACGGUCAACGACUUCCUGGCGAUAUUAACCCCCAUGAGUGGGAUGGUUUCCACGAUAUCAUAGUGAUUGACGAGCUGGCUCGCUGCGGAUACCUUGGUGUUGUUUGGGCACUUGGAUGCGGAAACUCGAUCGGCGGACCGCCUGUUAUCAACUUUGGGAAUGAAGAACAGAAGAGACGCUUCCUUCCGGAUAUGCUGAAGGGGAACAUUCGAUUCUGCCUGGGUGUGACUGAGCCUGAUGCCGGAUCUGAUGUUGCUGGAAUUACCACUAUUGCCGAGCGGAGAGGCAAUAUCUAUAUUGUCAAUGGGGCAAAGAAAUGGAUCACGAACGGCAUCUUUGCAGACUUUUGCACUGCGGCUGUGAGGACAGGGGGAGAGGGCACUGAGGGUAUCUCAGCACUGGUUAUUCCGAUGAAAGCCCCCGGAGUAACAUGUAGGAAGAUCGAGAACUCAGGUGUGCAUGCUAGUGGAUCAACCUACAUUGAGUUCGAUCAGGUUGAAGUCCCCGUUGCCAAUCUGCUGGGAGAAGAAAACAAAGGGUUUCCUGUCAUUAUGAAUAACUUCAACCAUGAGCGCCUCUGGUUGGCCUGCACAUCCCUCCGCAUGGCACGCGUCUGCGUAGAGGACGCUUACCAGCACGCCAUUACCCGUGAGACAUUCGGCAAAAAGCUCAUCGAGAACCAAGUUAUUCGCUCAAAGUUCAGUGAGAUGGCACGCGGUCUCGACUCAACUUACGCGUGGAUGGAACAGCUUGUGUACAUCUCCGAAACAGCCAAGAAGAAUGGAACAGAUGCUGGAAUGGGAGGCCUGUUCGCGAAUUUGAAGGUGUUGGCGGGCCAGACUCUGGAGAGGGUCAACCGAGAGGCGCAACAGGUCAUGGGUGGACUUGGGUACUCUAAAAAUGGUCGUGGCUCCAGAAUUGAGCAGGUCAGUCGAGACGUUAGGGUGAUGGUUGUUGGGGGUGGAAGUGAGGAGAUCUUAUCGGAAUUGGCUGUCAAUCAGGAGGUCAAGACGAUGAAGAAGCAGAGUAAACUCUAG